ACCGUGGAGUCAGUUGCCCGCUGACCGCUGUGCAGCACGGAAGAGGGAACCCGCUUCGCUCUAGAACUGUCGAGUGUGACUGUGAACUGUUUGUGUCAGUAGGAGUGGGCUGGAAAGGGACUCGACGGAGAGGCGUUGUAAACCACGUCCAAGCGAAGGUGUGCCACGAGGUGUCAGCGGCCGGCGGGCGCUACAGCCCUUCCAGACGGCGCGAGAGCAGGGACGGUCCGGCGUGAAGCAGGUCCGCCGCUCCUCCCUCACAGCUGUUAUUCUCUCUCCCGCGCCUCUCCCCUUGAUCCAGCGCCUUCCUCACCUCCAGUUCCUCCUCCACCUCUUCCUCCUCCUCCCUGGUGACCUCGGGACCCAGGAGAGGGGCGAGGACCUAAGGACUCUCAAAGGAUACACAGGCACAGCGCAGGACUCAGGAGGAACAUCUGAAGGUUCUGAGCGCUUUUGGAGGACCUUCUCACCUGCGCGCCCCAGCAUACAGAUCCCCGCUGGCUCGCUUUGGUGAGUGACUGGUGGCAGCGUUCACGACCUCCCCCCGACAGCCUCCAUCAUCGGCAGCUACACGACGUCCAUCGUGCACGCGUCACACUCACUGGCCGCCCUACCGCACUCGUGAUUUCUUCUCUCUCAUCCCCUCCUACGCCCUGUCGUCCAGUCUUCUUCAUCCUGCUGAAGGCCAACGCUUUGCAGACCCUAAUUGUACAACCAAGGUCAACGCUGAGCUCCAAGGAUACAAUAUCCUCGCAAUGCCGCACUCGUGAAUGCUGAAGGUUUCCUCGACUCCGUAACCUUAGGAAGACUCGCCUGCUCUAAAGCUACAGAAGAUACUUCUGUGCUUGUUUAAUGUGGCAGCCACUGACAUUGUUGAGUCAAUAGUUGCUUAUAACAUCCCAAAGCCCCCCCUCCGCUCCCUUCAUUAUCUCAGAAAGGAAAGCUGAGCUGACGCCGCAGGGAAGACGCUGAAUAUAGCGCAUGGUGGUAUUGAGUCUGAUCCCGGAAAGUGACGAGGACUUUCUGAAUCUCUUCAUUCAGCCGUCUUUCCUCUGACUGCUCGCCACCCUCCGUUCAUCGCACUUGCCCCGUGGACGAUGGCGCAGUUUGGUUCUCUCGGAGGCACGCCGCCGGCGCACUGGUGACGGACGAACGACACCCGUCACGAUGUCUACCUCCCACUCCUCGGGAUCUUCAGGAGGGCGACCGACGGGGCCAUGGCUGCACCCGAUCGGUCCCGGCAGCGCCCUCUUGCCCAAAAGUUUGCUGCGGCGCCACAAGCUCCCCGUGGCGGCUCACCUCCACACCCCCACGGCGCCGCCCGGCCUGGACCUGACUCGACCGCUCCUGCUUUACUCCAGCUACACCUCGACCAAGGUACGCGGUGUGUCCCUGCGGCCGGGGAAGGACGGCGGCAUGACUCCCGUGGGUCCCUCCGUCGUCAUCCCAGACUCCUACACAGCAGGCUGGUUUGCCAUCGUGACGAGCGAUGGACACACAGCGCCAUUCUUCUCCACAAUAGAGCAGGUCGCUAACAGCAAGGGGACCUUCUUCCUCACACGCUACGAUGUGCCAGCCUACACCAACCUGCACGACGACUCAGGUCGAAUGACAUACCAGAAGACAGUAGUUCAGAGCGGCCACGUGUUGAAGCUCCUGGGCAUCUUUGAGGAUCUCAAUGCCCGGCGCACAAACAGCAGCGGAAGAGGUCGUGAUGUUUCUUCAGCCUUCAGUUGCGACAAGUAUGCUCAGUGUCUCAACUACAGGAAUGAGGUGGUGUUCCUGUCUUUCUCAGCAACUGGACGUUUUUACACAACAGCACACAAGACCAGCAAAAGCCCCAACCAUGUGUACCUGAUGGCACACAUUCUCAAGAACCACCGCCUGCCCAUCACCGUGCGGCUGGUGUGUGGCUACAUGCCUCGGGUCCCCUGCAACUUUACUGGUGUGCUGCGGCUGGAGCAGGCUCAGAAGGAGGCAGUCAUUCUGGCCUGCACCAUGACCAACGAGGCUCAGGCGACACUCUUUGAGAUAGACGUGUCCUCUAACUUUGCUUUGACGCCCGUCAAGGACCCGAUGUUCCCCAAGACACCCAUCUUCCUCAAGACUGUGUCAUACUGUGAGGAUGAGGCUGAGGCUUGGCGCCGCCAGAUCAAGGUGACCCACCACGUCACAGAAUCCAAGAGAUCCAAGUCGAUGAGCCGCUCCGUGUGUGAGAGGCUCCUGGACCAGCCGCGGACUGCCAGCUUUGCACUGCUCACUGAUCAUGGGCGAAGAAAGCUGAACGGCAGUCGUGACAAGUCCGUAGAUCGCCUGGCAGGUUUCUUUCUUGCUGACAGAGGAAGAGAUAAAAGCAAAGAAAACCUCCUACGGGACAGAAGCAAGGAGAAACUUCGAGAUAGAGACAAACUAAAAGAGAGGCCCAAAGACAAGCAUCAGGAGAGAGAAAAGUUUGACAGACCCAACAAGCUCAGUGAAAAGGGACAGGACACAAGGAAGCUCUCUAAACAGAACACCUACAUCUUCCAGAAGGGGCGGCCCUGCAAGAUGCGAGACCGGCGGCAGGAAGCUGACGCCGUCAAUAGGCUCAACAAGUCAAUAGAGAACCUAGAUUACUCACGAGUUGCUGACGAUAUAAGUCCACUGCCUGAGAACGUGGAAGAGGAGGACCACUACGCCGAAAUAUGUGACUAUAUCAUAGGAGGCAAGGGCGGGUCAGGCCCAAGAGAAAACAACAAGCGUGAAAAGAGGAAGUCCACGGGGGACAGAGAGUCCUCUGGCCACGGCCGGCAGCUUCGAGGUGAUGACGCCAACUUGACGUUCACGUUGCUAAAGAAAGACAUUGGUGGCUAUUACGUCAAGAUUCCAGGCUUUGAGAUCCCUAAGGGUGACUAUGAUUAUGAUCCCGGUGUCAAUACUACCAGUCUAGGAAAGAACUAUGAUUCUUUGUGUUAAGCACUACAGUAUUAUAGUACAAGUAGAGGAAAUGUUUUGCUACUAAGUGUAAAUUUUAAAGUGUUAGGUUAUAAUUACAACUUAAUAUGUGCCACUUAAGCAAAACAUGUUCCUCUCUGCCCAGGCGCUGUGGGUGGGGACGACAUGCUCACACUGGGCUGUAGCCCCUCUGCACCCACCCCCGCCUGGUGCUGGAGGGGAUGUUAGGGGACCAGAAGAACUGUAUAAAUAUCCCUUAUCAGUGACAUCCACCGAGUCUGGUGGAUCGCUUUUUGGCCGCGUCCUGCACGGUUGUGAGUGAAUAGAUGUAGCUGAGAGGCGGGAGUUGGCGCAGCCGUGUGCUUCUCUGUGGCUGGUGCUGAUCAUUACUACUUGCAUUACGUACUGACAGGAGGUGACCAACAUAAUGUUUCCGGCAAUUCUUGCCAGGGUUGGCAGGACAGAAGCUGGAGAUUGAACACUCAAGUUGUAUCUAGUCAGUCAGUACACUGAGUGGGCCGGCUCUAGACAGCCCUGUCGUGAGGGGCGGGACAGCACGCGUCUCAUGUCAGAAUGGAUGCAGAUAAUGCCUCAGUAUCAUAUAAUCUCGUAACUUUUUACUAAAAAAAUAUGAUAAAAUACUUUCACAUAGAAAUUCCUCCUCUUCAAGAGCAAGUCCUGUACUUCGCAAAAGAAAUUUUCAAUGAAAAGCUCUCCUUUCCUAAACUGGCCCUGCACUCUCCCUUGUGAAUACACUCGGAUGAUUGCCUCUGCUUAAUCUAUUGGUGGGGUUGCACUUGAAAUGCUAAAAUUUAUAAUGAUAGUUACAAAAUACAUAAAAAUUAUAAUAGCCAUAAAUAGCAGCUGUUCCCUUUGAACACUGUCGGAUGUUACAUCAUCACUACUUCCAACUUAGGGAGAAUCUCAUCGUUCAUGAGUAGCAUUCGUUGGGCAAUGACGUCCAGCUUAGCACUAUUUUUGGCCUUGUGUGUCACAGCGGUGUCCUAGGAUUGUCUCCUGUGAUAGGGGGUACUACGAGCCGUGGAGAGGUAGCCUAUGCCAAGGCUUGACCUUAAUGCUGACGGUGGGACAGAGGUAGCCGUCCAAAUCGUGAUGCUGUGUUGCGCAUCAGCGUCCUGAGAGGUGCGAGAAUGCCAGUCAGCGGGAACACCCAAGUACCUUUGGGUACUUGAUAUGAGUUGAGCUGCCAUGGUGGUACAUAAAAUGUAUGAGUAGAAGGUGAAGGUGCAUGUAAAAUACUCUCCCUGCAUGGGAAAACUGUUGACUCCAAGGGGCAAACUUCCUUAUCAAGCUUGGGGCGGUUUGGCGAGACGUCGUGCACCGAGCGGCCGUGGCCACGCAGCAGCAGCAGCCAGAACAGGAAGACAUCCUCCCUCUCCCAUUCGCCUCUUCUGUAUAAUAGGCUUGUUCAGUGUUAUGGAUACAUAUCAGUAUGUAAGAACACUUUGCACUGUGUUAUUUUUUACCUGCUAAACAUAAACAUUAAA